AUUAACUCUCGCUCUGCCCAAAUGAUCUCCCCAUCUGUUUCAUCUUCCAUCCCUAUCCCAUCCUCUCGCCCGCCCAAUUCCUUCCUCCACCGUUCAUCCAGUCUUCCUUCGUCCAACGGCUGGUUCGGGAAUUUGCGUGAAACACCUUCGACCACCCGACUGUCCCAAUGCCAGACCAGGCCGACUUUCACCAUGAUAACAACAGCCAUGAUACCCUCGUCCCCGAGGAUCACCUAGAUAGAGCUCCUACAACAGACCUCACCAACACCGGCGAGGAUAGUCAACCCCACCCCACCGUCAACGACGAGAAUGAGGAAGAUGCGCCCAUAGAACCUUCCCGACACACCCGGGUGAGGUUUCGCUCCAUCAGUCACCAGCAGAGCUUGGAAAAUCCUUUUGAAAACUACAGAAUCGACACCGAUCGAGAUCAUCAAUCUCACAAUGCUAUUCUAUCCCCCGUCGACCGGUCCGCGGAUCUUGCGGAUGUCAGUCUGGCACCGACAGCGCCCGACGACGAAGAUCGAGCUCGUCCUCCGCCUCCCGCAGUCGACUCUGACCAUUCCGAUCAUGAAAAUCAAAUACCAGAGCGGACGGAAUCUGCCAAACAUCGAUGGAAGGCUGCUGGACAGCUUCUCCGUCAAAAGACUGUCCGUCUGGGAGAACGGCUGGGACGACCCGCGGAUGAUGGAGAGGCAUUGGGGGCGGCGCUUCUUCCGGAUGAUUUGGAAAGAGGCAUUUCAAUGCAUGAGAUAAAUGACGAGAAGCGCAGACUGGGCGAAGAUGAGAAGCCCAAGGAACCGCCUGCCCCCAGUACAGAGGCCCAUCGUCUUGUCCGGACCAUGACAAUGGCCCAGGACCAGGCCCGUCGCCGUAGACCUCGUGGAGCAUAUGCACGAUCUGGUGCAAGCACCCCCGAGGGCUCUCUUCGCACAGACUCGUGGUAUGGCGGACGCCGUAUGUCGGGUGGUGGAGGUAUCCUAUCCCAAUUGCUCAAGUUGCACGCCAGCCAAAUGGGCGCCAGCAAGGAUAGCCUCUCCACCGACGUCUCCGAUACUGAAUCUCCAGGUUCCUCCGGGGCGGCUACCCCUCAAUCCGGAGCAGCCACUCCCAAGAAGCAGAAGCUCAAGUGGUACAAGAAGUCAAAUCAUCAAUCGACUGCAUCGCUGGUGCAAGCGUCGAUGAAUCUCAGUCAAGCUAGCCUGCCUACCACGGCUGAUUUCAUGCCCAAGCCAAAGCCCAAGAAAGGGAAGAAUCGCAAGACCAGGUUGGAGGAUGAAAUUCGUGUCACGGUGCAUAUCGCGGAGAUCCUCGCUCGGCAGCGAUACAUCAUGCAGCUCUGUCGGGCGUUGAUGCGCUACGGAGCACCUACCCACCGCUUGGAGGAAUACAUGCAGAUGACGGCGAGAGUGCUCCAGGUUGAUGGUCAAUUCCUGUAUCUACCUGGUUGUAUGAUGAUGUCCUUUGACGACCAUACCACCCGUACAGCAGAGGUGAAAUUGGUCCGCGUGGUGCAAGGCGUAGACCUUGGUCGUCUAGCAGACACACACAAUGUUUAUAAAAAUGUCGUUCACGAUCUGAUCGGUGUGGAGGAGGCAAUUCAAGAACUGGAUUUCAUCAUGAAGCGCAAACCUCGCUUCAAUAAAUGGAUCCUCGUUCCAACAUAUGGUCUGGCCAGUGCCGCCGUUGGACCGUUCGCUUUCGGAGCCCGGCCAAUUGACAUGCCCAUCAUCUUCUUCUUGGGGUGCCUGGUCGGACUGAUGCAGCAUGUCAUGGCCCCUAGGUCUGUUCUCUAUUCCAACGUGUUCGAGGUCAGCGCUGCGGUUUUGACUUCCUUCCUGGCCCGCGCGUUUGGCAGCAUCAGUGUCACUGGCGCUGAUGGCAAGCCAGAGCGACUCUUUUGCUUUUCUGCGCUGGCGCAGUCCUCGAUCGCUUUGAUUCUUCCUGGUUUCCUGGUAUUGUGCAGUAGUCUCGAACUGCAAUCGCAUCAGAUCAUUGCCGGGUCCAUCCGAAUGGUAUACUCCAUCAUCUAUUCCCUCUUCCUGGGCUAUGGAAUCACUGUGGGAACCACUAUCUACGGACUUCUUGAUGGCAAUGCGACCUCUGACCAAAAAUGCUAUCAUCUCGAUGUAUACGGCAGUGAAUACCUCCAGCGUUUCCCCUUUGUCGCAAUCUACGUCGUCUUCCUGGCCAUCAUCAAUCAGGGUAAAUGGAAGCAGACGCCUAUGAUGAUUGUGAUUGCAGUCUGUGGAUAUGUGACCAACUACUUCAGUACCAAGAAGCUGGGGUCGAAUUCCGAGGUUGCCAACACGGUCGGCGCCUUCACCAUCGGCCUUUUGGGAAAUCUCUACAGUCGUCUCUGGCACGGACAUGCUGCGACUGCCAUUCUCCCGGGUAUCUUCGUCCUCGUACCAUCGGGUCUGGCGUCAAGUGGUUCCUUGAUUGCAGGUAUCAAAUAUGCAGACGAAGUCAGGGAAAAUCUGCACAGUGGCAAUAGCUCCUCUGUUGCUACUACUCAGGAUACCUCGCUGGCGAGUUUGGGAUUCGGUAUGAUCCAGGUGGCUAUUGGUAUUACGGUCGGUCUUUUCAUGGCCGCAUUGGUUGUCUAUCCGUACGGCAAACGACGGAGUGGACUUUUCAGUUUCUAGAUAUUUGCAUGAUGGAUGGGAUAUGACUUUCUGUACAGUACAUUGCAUGGUUACAGCGUGGUUGAGAACAUACAUUAAGAACAUACAUACAUAGAACAUAAUCAGCACAUUCAACAUGGACAUGAUUUAUUAUCCCAAAUUUCAUCAAUUAAUUAAUUAAUUAAACACAUC